AUGCAUCCGUUUCGACAGAACGAAGACUCCUUCACGGUGAAGGCCGUGGGGAUCGGCAGCAGCCUUGCCGUGCAUGCGGCAUCCUCGGCGCCAAACGCCGAUUUGCUGGAAACGAAGCUUAGCGUGAGCCAGGAUGCCGUCGACAAUGAUCCGGUCUCUGUCGCUGCUCGGGCAAAGGCCUGGCAAGAGAAAGUGGCAGUCGGCGUGGCGCAGAGGCUGCUCAGCAGACACAACUCGACAGCCCGGCUGGGGACAGCAUUGGAGGCAGCGCCCUCCGAGAAGGCCACGGCCUCAAAGCGCACUAGUAAGCUCAUGCAGUCGAAGGCUUCUGGGCUCGAAAGGUGGCUCUGGGCUCACACUCUGCUAGAGCAUGCGCUUGGAGACUUCAAGUUGGAAGCUUCAUUGAUUCUCUUUUGUGCAAAAAAUGCCCCUGGCAUCCGCUCACUGCGCUCGAAGGCCGGCACCAAGCGCCCGGCUCCCGAGGAGAGCGGAGUGCCCAGUCCCCGCCCAGCCCAUAUCCGAGAGCAGCCUCUAAGUUUUGUUCGCCUUCCAUGCGCCCCAUUGCUGAAAAAGGAGCCUCGGCGGGAGUCCCCUCGGCACGAGCUUUGGACUUAG